AUGAGCCACCCUUCUCCUCAGAAGAACGGCGGCAACAAUAUCCCUCCCCCGAAACAGAUCCGCUUUGUCUCUACGGACGGUCAACCUCAGACCAAACGCCGACGGGUUAAUGCUGCCUGUCGAACAUGUCGCAAGCGCAAGAUACGAUGCUCGGGGGAACAGCCAGAUGUCACCUCGUGGAUAGUGUGUAGGACCUGCUCCGAUUACAACCAUGAAUGUCUGGGAUACAGCGAUCAGCCGCCCUCGGCUCGGCCACCGCCCGAGGUCGCAUCACGAGCUCCGACAAUGCGCACUUUGCCCGACGCCGGCGAACCAGCGGGUUUGCGCUCAAAUACCCAAGUGAAGAGCGGACCGUCAGAUUCGCCUCCUCGCAACGCACCACCACCACCUAUUGCGAGCGUUGAAAAGUCAUUCGAAGGCGCUAAGCUACUCGAAGUUCAAACUGGCUCUGUUUCAAGGGACAUGUCACGAACAACGAAAGAAUCCGAACAGCAGACGACGGGGGAGACUCCUGAAAGCAGUCGCACAUCUCUCAGCUCAGGCGCUCGCACCCACGUACCUUACUUUCGAUAUUUCGGACCCACGGCUAUUGUUCCCGGGUUUAAACAAAUGGUCGUCCAGGUGCGAGGCUCACGCAGGAGCAACCCGUCACAGUCGUCAGAGUCGCUAUCUCCGCUCCGCAGCCCAAAGCUUACUGAAGCCGGGGUCAACUCUUUGAAUGUCUUUGACAACCGUGACGCCCGCGAUGCAAAUACCAUUCCAUUUUACGAUCGGGAUGACUCGCUACCGGUUAGCAAUCUGGUGAUGCAUCUGUGCGAGCUCUUCUUUGCACAUUUGGGCUGUAAUUUCCCCUUCUUGCAGCGUGAACGGUUUUUCCACGAGCUCAAAGAAAAGAAGGUUGAUACUAUGCUCGUGGAUGCCAUUUGCGCUUUGUCUGCUAGGUUUUCCCCGCAUCCUCUCUUGAGUCCCCCACAGGCACCAUCGAUCGAUGGAUCAGAACCACCUCUCGACGUGAAGAAGUCGAACCGUGGUCAAUCAUUCGCGCAGAGAGCCAUCAGCGCCCUGGUAGCCUCCUUGUCGUGCCCCACACUUUCUGUUGUCCAAGCGUGUCUCUUACUUGCUUACGAGCGCUUUGGCUCAAACCACGAUAGUGGUCUCUGGAUGUAUUUGGGCAUUGCCAUUCGGAUGGCACAGGACCUCGGCAUGCAGAAACCCCAGGGAUUGAAGUAUAAUUAUGGCCAGAGUGGGGUGGCGCCAAAUACGGUCAUGACGGGACAGGCGGGGAAGUUCGGGGAAGAUCAAUAUGGCGAUCUCCAGGUCCCACCAAGCCCCGCCAAAAAAGCACAGAACAUCGAAGAUCGGCGCGCUUGGGAGCGCGGGAGAGUGGACACGUUCUGGAGCAUAUUCUUCCUAGAUCGAGUGAUCUCGUCUGGUACAGGUCGCCCGGUCACGUUACGGGAUGAAGAUAUCGAGCUGUGUUUUCCAACCCAGUCCGAAUCGCAGCUGUCAAACGGUUGGCCGGCCCCAUUCCCGCCGUUGAUCCGUAUCAUACACCUCUACGGGCGGGUGACCGACCUCAUAAAUGGAAUACAGGCUGUCAACCAUGUCACGACAGAGACCCUCAAAAUGCUCGCCGGGAUGGAAAGUGACCUGACUGGCAUUUAUCAGCGACUGUCCCCCAGGCUUCAUUUUAAUGCGGCCAACUUCCAGGCCUAUGUCAAAGCUAAAGAGGGGACGAACUUCAUACUCCUUCAUUUCUGGUUUCACACUUUGAUUGUCUUACUGCACCAGCCAACGCUUUUGAAUUCGUUUGGUGGGACGAUCCAGCACCUCUAUCCGAACAGCAGGGAGCUGUCCAUGUCGUCGGCUAAGACCAUUGCGGAUAUUCUGUCGUUCUCUGAGCUUGUGGAUGGGAAAAGCUUUAUUGGUAAUCCAUUCACAAGCCAACCGAUGUAUAUCGCUGCUUGCGCCUUCCUGAUGGAGAGUGCCUACUACACAUCGCCCUCGUCGGGGUCUGGCUCCCCACCAAGCCAGCCACUUUUUCCCAACCAAACCAGUAAUUUCGUUCUACCCACUAUAGAUUGCUCGGGCGGGGCGGAACGAAAAGCUACGGCCAAGCACAUUCUUCUUGCAUCCGCCGCAAAGGACAAUUACCAGCGAUGUUACAAGGCGCUAAAGGCACUUGAGACCUACUGGGAGGGUACCAAAUAUAUUAUCACGGUCUUGGAUCAGAAGGCCAAGGGGAUUGUUGAUCCCCUAUUGUAUACAGUGGAGGAGAUGGAGAACACGGCCGAGAUGUCCACUAUGCAGUCCUUCCCUGCUCCUCACCGACGAGGGCUCGGGCCCCCGCUAAAUGCAGAGAAUUCGGCAGUGUCGGGCCAGGCGACACCUGAUACCACGCAGUCCCCGAGGGUUGAUCCCGGUCAAGCCAUUGGAUGGGCACUUACCGGAGCGAUUGACUCGUCGCAGCCCAACCUCAGCUUGCUGUAUCAAAUGCCUGCCGCACCUUCUCACUCGGCCGCUGACAAGCCUACAUUCCCGUCCCAGCACAGUCAUAGCUACGCCAAUCUCUCCGUUCCGCCUGGUGCUGGUCAAGUCUCCGGCUCCUACUCGCAGCCAGUGGACGCAGCGCGAACCACGGUGUCCACCCCCAGCGCGUCCAUCGCUGCAGCUGCAGAGAAGUACCCAGGGCUUGUACCUACUGGCCGGGUUUCGACUUCCGAUGCCAAUCUUCUCCUGGGUCUGAAUACAACGUACCCGACCACGAGAUCCCAUCCACCGGGUGCGCAGUCCCGUUAUAGCCAGGACUUGCCGUCGACAUCGGGGAUGGGAGGUCAACCAGCGACGUACGGUUAUCAUAUGCCAACGGCCGCUGCGGAACAGUCCACAAGUGGGACUCCCAUGGGUCCUGAAUACCACACUAGUUUCGCCCCACGGGGUCGUGACGUUCUGAUUGAGAGCCAGGAUAUCGACAUGGCAACCCUUCAACAGCAGGACCAACUUCCCUUCGCUCUCAGCGGGGAUAUUCUCCCCUGGCUCGAAUAUCUUCCUCCGGAUGUCCUCAGCUAUUUUGGCGAGCAUCAACAUUACCCUACUAUGAUGAAUUCCCAUGACAGUACUCCACGACCCCCUCAGUGA